GAAGCUGCCUUCUGUGAGACCAGCCAAAAAAUCGUCAUUUUGUGACGCUGCUGUUCAUUCAUAUUCCGAAACCGGGAUCUUAAAAUGAUGAAACUUGAGUUGCCAGUGUCUCGGUCUUUCAUCAGUCCUUGUGAACCGCUAUUGACACGAAAAAGAGGGGAAAAUAAAUAACCAUACUUGCAGCAGUGAAGCAACUUGUGGAUGAAGACGUCAAUUCUGUCAAUGCCAAAAUUUCUUGACAUGUUGAGAAACCUAACGCAUUACAUAAGCACAUUACAAUGAAACACAUUUCUACGGUUGUCCAUCGCUUCGAUCACCGUUAAGCUGAGAUUUUACUUUUUUUUUUUUAAAUCUUUUUUUCUUAAUCUUUUUGCUUUUGCCUUUCAUUGUGCAAAAUAUACCUUGUUAUCAUUAACCAUGACGCCGGGUUCAGCCACGUUGGAAGUGAAUUCACCAACAUCGAGCAGAGGCAAAUAUGUCGUGGGCGUGUGUGCACUUGAUAAGAAGGCACGAUCGAAGCCUAUGCGCCAUAUACUCAAUCGUUUGUUGGCCUAUGGUGACUUUGAUAUUGUCAUCUUUGGCGAUAAGACCAUUUUGGACGAAGAGGUGGAAAAUUGGCCAGGUUGUGACUUUUUGAUCUGUUUUUUCUCGGGUGGAUUUCCGUUGGAUAAAGCGAUCCAGUAUGAAAAGCUACGAAAACCAUUCUCGGUCAACAACGUGUGUAUGCAGUCCUUACUGUGGGAUCGACGUGUGGUGUUAGCCGUAUUAGAUGCUAUUGGUGUUCCCACACCGCCUCGAUUGGUUGUAUCCCGCGAUGGGGGAGCCAAAGUGGAUGCGGACGCUGCGCGCGCUUUCGAAGUGUGUACGGGUAUGGAUAUGGAACGUGUUAUAUUCAAAUAUUCCAAAAACUCGGAUGUCGUGCGCAUCGCCAAAGAUUCUAUCCAAGUCGACGGUCAGCGCCUGAAUAAAACCUUUAUCGAAAAGCCGGCCGACGGUGAAGAUCACAACAUCAAUAUUUACUAUUCCGAACGUAAAGGCGGAGGAGGAAGACGCUUAUUCCGCAAGGUCGGCAAUAAAUCAAGUGCCUUUGACCCAGAGCUGGAAACACCGUCAUUGACUGGAUCUUGGGUAUACGAAAAAAUGAUGGACGCUGAAAAUAGCGAAGAUAUCAAGGUGUACACCGUGGGUCCAACCUUUAUUCAUGCCGAAACGAGAAAAUCACCUACAGUGGACGGCCUUGUAAAACGAAAUACCGAGGGCAAGGAAAUUAGAUAUUGCACAAAACUGACCUUGGAAGAAGAAGAAAUUGCACGCAAAGUAUCGAAUGCGUUUGGACAGACUGUGUGCGGUUUGGAUCUCCUCCGAGUGGAUGGCAAAUCGUACGUCAUCGACGUCAAUGGCUGGAGUUUUGUCAAAGGCAAUGAAUUCUAUUACGAUCAGUGUGCUCGGUUGUUGAGCGAAACAUUCUUCCGCAGCGUCCAGCGUCAACCGUCCAUUGGCGAUAUGAUGCCACCGGAAAUUGCUCCCGAAAGUUCUUGGCGCCUCAAAGGAUUUGUGGCCGUCUUCCGUCACGCGGAUCGCACACCAAAGAACAAACAUAAAACAUCGGUCAAAUCGCAACCCUUUAUCGAUUUACUGCAGGGAAGUACGCAAGAAGUGGUAUUCCGCCAAAAACAUCAAUUGGCUCUGGUGACGGAAGCCAUCGAUGCUUCUUUGGCGCUCGAACCCGACGAAGAUACGGAAAAGUUCAAGACCAUGAAAGAAAUUUUGGAAAAGAAAUCGGAAUUACCAGGCACCAAAGUUCAGCUGAAGCCAUUGUUUGAUAAGGAAACAGGCGAACUGAGACAACUCAAGGUCAACCUCAAAUGGGGCGGUGAGUUUACUCAUGCCGGCCUUCAUCAAUCGCGCGAUUUGGGAGAGAAUUUACGCAAAGACAUGAUUAUUUUGAACCGACACAUUUUCGAUGACAUUGAAAUUUAUAGUAGCUCUGAACGUCGUGUGCGUGCCACAGCUGACGUGUUUGCUCGUUGGUUCCUCGGCCAACCGGAAUCCGUGGAUGGCGUGAUUAUGGAAAGCAAAUAUCUUUUGGAUGACAGCAAUGCUGCCAAAGAGCAAAUGGAUGCCGUAAAGAAAGAGCUCAAGACGUUAUUACGAUCUGGAUAUGAAGUGUCCCCUUUACAACUGGCCCAAGCAGGAUGGCCAACGGACAUGCCACAACCCCACAUGGUAUCGCAAGAAGUUCAGACCAUUAUGGCUCGUAUGCGUGCUACCAUGCACCAUAACUGGGCUACAAAGGAUGUGAAUGCCAUUCAGAGACGCUGGUGUUGUUUUGAAUCGCCCAAUCUGUUCAAAGAGCGAUGGGAAAAGAUGUUCAAAACGUUUUGUGAUGCCGAUGGCAACCCCGAUCCUGCCGGUAUUCCAGAAUUGUACGAUUCAUUGAAAUACGAUGCACUGCACAACCGCACAUUUUUGGAGGCCAUUUUCUGCAACGACGAUGACAAGGAAGGAAGUAGUACGGAUUUGCGAAACUUGUACAUGUACAUGCGUGUGCUUUUCAACUUUGUGGCCCCGCAAGAGUACGGCAUCACCGACGCAGAGAAGAAGAAUAUCGGUUUACUGAUCAGUUUACCGUUAUUGAAAGCGAUUCUGCGUGAAUUAGAGGAAAUAAAAACCUCUGAUAACCCAAGAACGCGACUCUUUUUCACCAAAGAAUCUCAUGUCCAUGCUCUGUUGAACCUUGUCUAUCAAUCAGGUGUUCCAACCAAGUUCCCAAGAAAUCUCUUAUCUGAACUCGACUUUUUAACCCAAAUCACCUUUGAGCUGUAUGAGCGCAAUCGACACAUGAACGGAAAGGCCAAAGAAUAUUCUCUACGAAUUGGGUUCAGUCCUGGUGCACACUAUGACAGCGUCUUGGACCUUCAAAUGGAUGCAGAGCAUUGCUUGAAGGUUUCACCAAGAAGAAACAUGAUUCCUCACAUGCCGAUGGAUGAAGUCGUCGGUUACCAUAACUCUUAUCUAAACCUGCCUAAUUUACAAAGCAUUGAGCAGCAAAUCGAGGAAAAGAAGUUAUAUUACGCCCAAGAAGAUAAUGAAUAGAAAAACCAAAAGUAAAAUCAGCCAGCAUUUUUU